ACGCUCACUGGAACUCGCGCUACUUGGCAGCACCUGACUUGUGCUGUCUUCGCCUGAGUUUGUCUUACCUGAAGCGACAUGCCUCUCCUGCGUGGGCGCUGUCCUGUCCGCCGCCACUACCGCGACGUGGCCCUGCUUGGCCUGCAGCCGGCUCCCCGCUUCGCCCACUCUGAGCCCGCGCGCCAGCGGCCCCUUUCUGCCGCCGAAAUGGCUGUUGGACUUGUCGUGUUUUUUACGACCUUCUUAACACCAGCUGCGUACGUGCUAGGCAACCUGAAGCAGUUCAGAAAGAAUUAGAUGGAAGAAGAUGUUGAACAGCUGUUAACGUCCAAAAAACUUUCAGAAAAAGCUGUGUUUUUGUUAACGAGAGCAAGAUUACCUAGUUGAGUGAUGCAACCAUUGUGGUAUUCACUUUCCUCUUGUUUAUGAUGAAUAUUUUGCACUUUUUUAGUACUGUGCAUUAUAUAGAUGUAUAGUGAAAAAUGUUCUGCUUAAGUGUUAAAUAAAACAUUUAUUUGUGCUUGGU